AUGGCUCGUUUCGGAGACGAAUCGGCUCCUAGUACCGUGGACUCCGGGGAUGGAGACGUGGAGCGCGGGGAUGGUCAGGACGCAGCCGCGGUUGCUGCUGGACUCACCGCGUCCAUGAAACAAGCCAAGGCGCAGCGGGCCCGGACCAUGGCUCUGUACAACCCCGUGCCCCACCGACAGAACUGCCUGACCGUCAACAGGGCGCUAUUCAUCUUCGCUGAGGACAACCUCAUACGGAGAUUCGCGCGGCGGAUCAUCGAGUGGCCAUAUCCUUCCACUGUGAUAAGUACUUUUGCAUAA